AUGCUGCUGGACCACGCCAUGUCCCCGAGGUGCUCGACGUAUGGUCGCGACGGGGAUGGCGCCGGCGCCGGCGGCCGCGCCUCGGUGUUCCGGCUGGAGAUGAUGAGCAGGGCUGUACACGCUGCCGCCAGAGGAGGGAGCGUGCGGAUGCUGAAGGAGCUCAUCGACGGUCGCUCCGACGUGUCGGCGUAUCUUGAUAUCCGUGGAUCCACCGUGCUUCAUGCAGCUGCUGGGAGAGGGCAGCUCGAGGUUGUCAAGCGAUACGUUCCCCUCCACUCGGCGAUCGCAGGGUUCAGAACCCCGGGGUUCCGUCGGCUCGACCGGCAGCUGGAGCUCACCAAGCAUCUCAUUCGAGAGAGAGCCGCAGACAUCAGGAAGAUCAUCAACCUGAGAAACGACGCGGGCCUCACCGCCCUGCACAUGGCUGUGGUUGGCUGCGUGCACCCGGACCUCGUCGAGCUCCUGAUGACCACGCCGUCCAUCGACCUUAACGUCGAAGAUGCUGACGGCAUGACCCCGCUGGCGCUGCUCAAGGAGCAGCUGCGAUCAACCACGUCGGAGAGGCUCAUCAAGCAGAUAGUCUCCGCCGGAGGGGUGCUGAGCUCGAGCGUGCUGAGAAGCCGGUCGGCCGUCGUUUCGCAGAUAAAGAUGCGGGGAGGGAUUGCGAUCAGUCCGGGCACCAUGUUCAGGAUAUCGGAUGCGGAGAUAUUGUUGCACUCGGGCAUUGCGGCGACGGAGUCCCGAAGGGCUAGCUCGUGCUCUAGCGAUGGCAAGUGUGACCCUACCGGCUUUGACAAAAUCUGA